AUGUUCCGUAGUCGCAGUUGGUUCGGGAGCGGCUGGAAUCGUCCCAAAAAUCGCCUGUCCUUGGAUCACUUGAAGUAUCUGUACAGCGUCUUGGAGCGGAAUCCCACCGUGUCAGAGAGUAAUCGCGGGCUACUUGUUGAAUCUUUACGGAGCAUAGCGGAAAUAUUGAUUUGGGGCGACCAACAUGAUUCGUCAGUGUUUGACUUUUUUCUCGAAAAGAAUAUGCUCUCAUAUUUCCUACACAUAAUGCGUCAAAAGAGUGGAGGUGCAAGUUUUGUAUGCGUUCAAUUACUACAAACCUUAAAUAUCCUAUUCGAAAAUAUUAGAAACGAAACAUCAUUGUAUUAUCUUCUUAGUAAUAAUCAUGUGAAUUCAAUUAUUGUACAUAAGUUCGAUUUCUCCGAUGAAGAUGUGAUGGGCUACUAUAUUUUGUUCUUAAAAACGCUAAGCUUAAAGUUGAAUACUCAUACUAUUCAUUUCUUUUAUAAUGAGCACACAAAUGAUUUUCCAUUAUACACCGAGGCCAUAAAAUUCUUCAACCAUCCAGAAUCGAUGGUACGCAUCGCAGUUCGGACGAUUUCAUUGAACGUCUAUAAAGUUCAAAAUCCGAGUAUGUUGCAGUUUAUUCGUGAUAAAACGGCAGCUCCAUACUUCAGCAAUCUGGUAUGGUUCAUUGGCAAACAUAUUUUGGAACUGGAUACCUGCGUUCGAACAGAUGUUGACCAUCAAUCACAAAGUCGGUUAUCGAAUCUCGUGGCCGAACACCUCGACCAUCUACACUAUCUGAACGACAUCCUUUGCUUAGACAUCGUUGAUUUGAAUGCCGUUCUUACCGAGCAUUUACUCCACAAACUGUUCGUCCCGCUAUAUAUAUUCUCUCUUACACCUGCCCCACCGCUAUCAAUGGCUGUUGUAACGCAAAAUCUGGCUGCCGUUCUAAAUAAAGUUGUCAAUAUCGACAUGCAGGAAAUGUCGAACCCUCGAGUUUCAGCCGUUGUUGCAUUAUAUUUGUUAUCGUUGGUGUUUUUAGUGAUAACGCAUGGUCCACUGGUGCAUUCUCUGGCUUGGGUCAUCCUGAAUGCAGAUCAUAGUGUGUUCAAGGAAGGAGCAGCGGAGGUACUGAAUGCAUAUAUUGAACGUCGAGAGGUUGUUGCUUUAGGAUUUGAGCAGCCACGCGAAAGUUUAGAGGAAGCGCUGGACACUGUAGUUGGUUCGAGUUCGAGUUCACUAGAAAAUCGUUCGAUGGGAGGCGAAAGUUCAAGUGGGUCCUCAAGCAGAGAUACGUCUCAGUCACGAUCAGUUACUGAGCAAGUGGAAAAGGUUAAUAUAACGGACGAAGAGAAAGAGAAACUUAGACAAAUGGAAGAUACAUCAUUGAGUGGUGGUGUGGAUACAAAUCGACCGUUCCUUGAUAUGGUGCUGGCGUCUUUAGACUGUACAGAGAAUGAUUAUAUUGCGUUACUGGCGUUGUGUUUGUUGUACGCGCUAGCGAAUAAUAAAGACGGCGUUAGUCCCGAAUGGCUUGAACAAGUAUUAAGUAAACCUGCAAAAUCGUCUACGAGAUACAAUACAGUAUUGGUUGAGAGACUUCUGCAUAUUAUCAGCUUAACGAGUCAACCCUCAUGCCGAAUACGUCUCAUCACUCUCGAGAUCACUCUAUCCCUACUAUCUCGAUUUGCCAGAACCAGUUCCGGUGACUUUAUCCUGACGGAAUUACAACAAUCCGUGUUGUUUUCGGCGAGAAAUCAAGCCAUGACUAUACUACGUAAUUUCUACAAGUCUGAAGAUAUAUUUUUGGAUUUAUUUGAAAAUGAGUUCACGGAGAUGUCUAAGUCGCCGCUUAAUGUGGAGUUUUUGUGCAUGGAUUCGGCGAUCUUGUUGCCACCAACUGGAACGCCAUUGACCGGGAUCAAUUUCACACGUCGAUUACCUUGCGGAGAAGUGGAAAAGGCUCGUCGGGCAAUCCGAGUGUUUUCCUUACUGCGGAAAAUUUGUCAGGAGUAUUUGAGCGAAGAAGAAGUUCUGUUACCAUUGACGAAUCCAAGCAAUUGCGUUCAAGUGGAUAAUAUUUUGGACUUGAAUAACAGCGAUUUAAUCGCGUGUACGGUUGUAACCAAGGACGUAACGAAAUAUCGUCGAUUUUUAGUAAUCGACACAUUACAGUUGAUAUUAGUUGAGCCAGAUCCAAAACGUCUCGGUUGGGGUAUUUCGAAAUUUGUAGGCUUCCUCCAAGACGUUGAAGUUGUAGGUGAUAAGGACGAUUCUCGGUGCUUACACAUCACAGUGCACAGAGGAGGCGUUUCAAAUAAUCGCACACCAAUACUGUCAGCAAAAUUCCUCUUCGACGAUCAUAUUCGUUGUAUGGCAGCUAAGCAGCGUUUAACCAAGGGUCGAAGUAAAGCGCGUCAAAAGAAAAUGUACCAAAUCGCUCAAUUACUAGAAAUACCUGGCCAAAUGAUCGAACCGCCAAUAUAUCCUAUAUCGGGAGUAAGGACGGCGAGCACAUCCCGACUUCCCCGCGAGCAUAGACCACUGUUUUCAACCGCCAAUCGUGUACCUGGAUUCGCGGCUGCCCUUCGUCGUGAAAGCAUGCCAUCGGGUAGUGUGAGUCGCGUUCAAAUGGCGCCUAAUCGGUCAAUAGUAGGAAUUCGAAACGAAAAUACACAAAGAAGGCGACGAAGCUCUAACACCAGCAGCACGUCAUCAAGCAAUGGCAGCAGUACGACGCGGGAACGAUCGCCUGCGCAUAGGAGUCCCCGGCGUCAAGAGAGUCCUAGGAAUAAUUCACCUCGAUCGCGCGAUAACAGUCCACGAGUACCUCGACCAAGAUCCGAAGAAAUCCCCCUCGAAGAUUUCCAGCAUUCUCGUAAUUCUAGUCCGAUAGCUCGUGGUUCGCCGUCAUCGAAUACUCCCUCCCGAUCACAUACGCCCUCACGUGUCCUUUGUGAUCCAAUCAGCAUUUCCCCGCGUCUCACCAGCGGUACCAGCGACAUGAAUUCCUUAGCUCCAAAUGGUGUGAGUGUGAUGAUUGCUAAAGAGGCAGCUAUGAAUUCCGAGGAGACAUCUUUCAUUGCUCGCGAAGAGAAGGAGAAACGACGAGGCGGUGUGGAAACGGUAUAGGUAAAUGAAAUAAGCAGAAUAACUGUCAAUUUCUGGUAGUCCUGCAAAAUCGUGUCAGUCAGUCCUUCAACUAAAAGAAUUACUCUCUUUGUGAUUUGUUACUUUUAAAUGCGUAAAAAAACGGAUAUUUAGAUGUGGUUAAAAAAGUGUUAUUUUAUGGAGUCGCAAGUUUUUUUAAGUCCAUCCAUGAAUUUUGUAAAUAGUGUAAUAAAAUGCAAGUUAUGGAAAA